UAGUUUAGCAUARUUAUCAGUUUGGUCUUUUUACACGAGGCGAAGCAGUCGAGCAAAUAUGGCCGAGUCAGAGUACAAGAUUUACGUCGGAAACUUGAGCUACGACGUCGAAGACAAAGAUUUAGAGGAUCACUUCUCCAAGUACAAUGUAGUUGAAGCCAGAGUUAUUUACGACAGAGACAGUAGAACCUCCAGGGGUUUUGGGUUUGUAACGGUGGAUUCUGCGGAAGACAUGAGAUCGGCAUGUGAGGACUUAAACGACACAGACUUUGAGGGACGAAAGAUCAAAGUAUCAGAAGCCACGAGUAAAGGAAGUGGAGGAGGUGGUGGUGGAGGACGGUAUGGAGGUAGAGGACGUGGUGGCGGAGGAUAUGGAGGAAGAAGCUACGGCGGUGGUGGCGGAGGAUACAGUGGUGGUGGUGGAUACAGUGGUGGCGGUGGAUACAGUGGUGGCGGUGGAUACAGUGGUGGACGUAGCGGUGGAUACAGAGGUGGACGUGGUGGUGGUGGUGGGUACAGUGGCGGAGGAGGAAGAUAUGGUGGUGACAGCUACUCCAGCGGCGGGGGUUACCAGCAAGGACACGCCUAAAUGGAUGCCACAUAAAGAGGGUCUUUCGCCUGGUGUUGACCUGAAGUCAGCUACUUACAGAUAGCUGUAUCAGAUCAGUUUGCCGUACUUAGCAAAUCUUAACCACUUGUACAUUGUCUGUCCUCAUACCAAGGAUAGAUGGCAUUAAACAUGUACAACGCAGGCUGAAUAUGUGAUUAUGAUAAUCAUUAUGAUUUAUUAUCUUAAUAAAUUUAAUGAUAAUCAUGAAUUGUAURUGUAAAGAUCAUUAUUUUUCUAAUAAAUAAAGGUUUUCUCGGCAGCAUAAAA